GUUUUUGCUUUCGUUUCAGACAGCUGAUCGCAAACCAGUUUAAGACCAACCCACCUACACCAUGUGCUGACAGUGGUCAAGAAGAAGCUCCGUAAGACACACUGUUCUCUAUCACAGCUGACUUGAGGAGAGUGUAGGAUGGCAGACUUUGCACUUUACUCAUACCAGAAAGAAGUGGUUGAAAGGGCCCUUCGAAGAGAGAACAUCAUUAUCUGGCUGCCAACAGGAGGGGGGAAGACCCGUGCUGCUGUGUAUGUGGCAAGCCAACACCUAAAGACUACCUCACAGGCUAAAGUGGUGGUCCUGGUAAACAAGGUUCACCUCGUGGAGCAACAUUUCCACAAAGAGCUCAAACCUCACCUGGGCCAUGAAUACAAGAUGGAGGCAGUCAGUGGAGACAGUGGACAGAAGGACUUCUUUGGAAAAGUGGUGGAAAGAUCAGAUGUGGUCAUCUGCACUGCACAGAUCUUAUUUAAUGCGCUGACUAACAUGGAGGAAACCAAACAUGUUGAGCUCUCAGACAUUACUCUACUCAUUAUUGAUGAGUGCCACCACACCCACAAAGAGAAUGUCUACAACAAGAUAAUGAGACACUAUUUGGAGAAAAAGUUGAGAGGAGAACGAAAACUGCCACAGAUCCUGGGUCUCACUGCAUCACCGGGGACAGGGGGUGCAAAGAAUCUGGAAAGGGCUGUAGAGCAUGUACUGCAGAUUUGUGCCAACCUGGACUCAGCCAUAGUUUCAACUAAAGACUGCACUGCCGAGCUGAAGGAGAAGGUACCCAGACCCUUUAAGUCAAUGGAUAUUGUGGACAAAAGGCCUCAGGAUCCAUUUGGGGAUCAUCUGAAGAGUAUGAUGCAGAAGAUCCAUGAUUUCAUGACCCUGCCUCCAGACUUCAGACUGAGAGAGUCUGGCACACAAGAAUAUGAGCAAGAUGUGAUGAUACUAGAGCAGAGAGGGGUAGAAGAGCAAAACAGAAUUCUGGCACAAUGUGCACUCCAUCUCAGGGAGUACAAUGACGCCCUGCUCAUCAAUGACACCCUGCGAAUGAUAGAUGCUUAUCGCUCCUUAGAGGAUUUCUAUGAUAUCAAGGCCGACAAUGCCAUAGAUGAGACAGACGACUUCCUGGUAGGACUUUUCCAAGAGAAUCAAGUGGAGCUGAGGGAAAUAGCAAACAAUUCUCAGCAUGAGAACCCCAAGAUGGGCAAACUUGAAACCGUUCUUCUAAAGCAGUUUGGUCCAGAUGUGGAAUCAAGGGGGAUCCUUUUCUGUAAAACUCGUAAAAGCACCCACUGCCUGAAUGACUGGGUCCUCUACAAUAGAGCCUUGCAGCAAGCUGGCAUAAAGGCAGCAGUCCUCACAGGGGCUGGAGGUGGCAUAAGUCACAUGACACAGAAUGAGCAGACAGACACAAUCCGCAAAUUUCGCCAGGGUGUUCUCAACCUCCUGAUCUCCACCAGUGUGGCUGAAGAAGGCCUUGACAUACCUGAAUGCAACCUGGUGGUACGCUAUGGACUGCUUACAAAUGAGAUUGCCCAGCAGCAGGCCAGAGGACGUGCCCGAGCACCAGAAGCUGAGUAUUCAAUGGUCGGUCAGACAGGGGGACAAGAAGUGCGUAGAGAGGGCAUCAAUGAACUUUUGGAAGAGCUGACUGGACGAGCCAUUGCUAAAGUCCAAGAAAUGAGCAUCCAUGAUUUUAGCACAAAGAUAAAUGAGCUUCAGAAAGAGGCACUUAUUGGCAGUGAAGUUGCAGAGAUGCACAAAAAGGAGAAGAGGGGUCGCUUCGCUGCCUCCAGAGUCCAACUUUUGUGUCGAAACUGUUUCAAGUCUGUGGCCUCUGGAAGUGACAUGAAACUUAUUGAAAAUACACUCUAUGUCAAUGUGAACCCUGACUUUCAGAAGCACUACAAACUUGGUGAGCAGGUUAUUAAAGACAAGACUUUUGAUGACUGGGAGCCUGGACGCUCAAUCAGUUGCAAUGACUGCAACAAGGACUGGGGAUUUGAGAUAAAAUACAGGAAGAUCGCCCUGCUUCCCACAAUAGCCAUCAAGAACUUUGGCCUGGAGACCCCUGAGGGCAGGAAGACUGUGAAGAAGUGGAAGGAUGUUAGUUUCACUGUUGAAGAGUUUGACUUUCAAGAAUACAUCCAAGACAACUUCCCUGACAUGACCAUUGAUUGACACAAGAACAGAGCUCUGUGUGGGUUUUUUCCCCAUUUCUCAAGUCAGUUUUCAUCUGUUUGUUUUUUUAGAUUCGUGGCUGUAUCUUAGAUUGUCUGUGCUCAUUUAGAAAAGGUAUACCAUAAUUUUAAUGUUUGAGGUACUUAAAUGUGAAUGCAUGCUUUUUAAAUAUUCCCUUGACAUAGUUACCACGUAUUUGUGCUGCUGGGCUAGUGAGGCAGCAGCAUGCUAAAACCCAUUACACAUCGAUCAUGAUUGAACAAGCAUGACAGCUUUGUUCAUGCCAUCCAAAACCAUCCAACUUUUGUUCAUUUAUGGAAACUGAUAUUGCAGGUUGUUGUUUUUAACUACAGUGCUACAAACAUUAUAAUGAAAUGAUUGAAACAUGUUUUUGUUCAAUGGUCAAUAUCAAAUGCAGGGUUUCCUGAAAUGCAUCCAUAGUUACUGUCCAAUGCCGGUUGAGCCUGCUUGUUUGUUCCGAUGACAUGAGUGUAUAUGUGUGUCAGAGAGUGUGUUUAUUUUGUACGUGAAUCAUGACUAGCUUUAAAUUACUGAAGGUCAGUCUUUCCACCUGUUUGAGGAUGGCUACUGUCUCUAGUUAUGGUAUAAAGGCAAAUUACUGUAACUGUAAUACUGUUCAUGGCAAUAAAUUGUUUUUUAA